GUUGCUGAGUGUCACUUAGAAGGUCGUGAAGUCAUGAUGGUGACAAGUGGCGCAGUGGCCUUUGGCAGUCAAAAAUUAGCACAGGAAUUGCUUAUGUCACUUUCAAUGCGUGAAACCCUGUCACCAAAAGAUCCUACGCGCGCAGAGCAGGGAACGCUGCUUGAACCGAGAGCUGCAGCUGCUGUGGGUCAAUCUGGUCUCAUGUCGCUGUACGACGCUAUGUUUGCUCAGUAUGGCGUGAAAAUUGCUCAGGUUCUCGUAACUAAACCGGAUUUCUACAACGAGGAAACACGGAAUAACCUAUUUUGUACACUUUCCGAACUGAUUAGCCUUAAUAUUGUUCCGAUUAUAAACACCAACGACGCUGUUUCGCCACCAAUGUUCUUAAAAGAUGACGAUCUACCAGUUGGUUCGAAGAAGGGGAUCGCCAUUAAAGACAAUGACAGCUUAGCCGCUAUGCUUUCAGCCGAAGUUCAAGCAGACUUGUUGAUUUUGAUGUCUGACGUGGAUGGAAUUUACAACAAACCACCAUGGGAAGAUGGAGCAAAACUUAUGCAUACUUAUACUUCAAAUGAUCGCCAUGUCAUCGAAUUCGGCAAGAAAUCCAAGGUUGGUACAGGGGGCAUGGACUCUAAAGUGAAGGCUGCUACAUGGGCGUUGGAUCGUGGUGUUAGUGUAGUGAUUUGUAACGGCAUGCAAGAGAAGGCGAUCAAAACUAUAAUUGCUGGCCGAAAAGUUGGUACAUUCUUUACUGAAUCCACAGAAAGUUUCUCGACUCCAGUAGAUGUGUUGGCUGAAAACGCGCGCGUUGGCAGUCGACAGAUGCAGGCGCUUACUCCGGAAGAACGAGCAAGUGCAGUUAACCAUUUGGCUGAUUUAUUGGUAAGCAGGGAAGAAUUCAUUCUGCAAGCCAACGCAAAGGAUUUGGCUGAGGCGAAGCGUCACGGUUUAGCGAAGCCAUUACUGUCACGUUUAUCCUUGAAUUCAGCUAAAUUGAAGAAUUUGUCUGUCGGAUUGAAGCAGAUUGCCGAAUCCAGUCAUAAGAAUGUUGGACGGGUGCUACGUUACACGCGAUUGGCAGAUAAUUUGGAAUUAAAACAAGUCACUGUUCCUAUUGGAGUCCUCUUAGUAAUAUUCGAAUCUCGUCCUGAUUCGUUGCCUCAGGUAGCUGCUUUGGCAAUGGCGUCAGCCAACGGCCUUCUACUUAAGGGGGGCAAAGAGGCUUCUCACAGCAAUAAAGCUCUGAUGGAGUUGGUCAAGGAGGCACUUUCUACGGUUGGAGCAGAGAAUGCAGUUUCCCUGGUUUCAACUCGUGAAGAAAUUAGUGACCUUUUAUCAAUGGAAGAUCAUAUUGAUUUAAUAAUUCCGCGUGGAUCGUCAGAACUUGUUCGUACUAUACAGGAGCAAUCUGUACACAUACCAGUGCUGGGACACGCCGAAGGUGUCUGCCAUGUUUUCAUUGAUAAAGACGCCGAUCUGCGUAAAGCGCUUAAGAUAGUUAGAGACGCCAAAUGUGACUACCCAGCAGCUUGUAAUGCUAUGGAAACGCUUCUCAUACACGAGGAUCUAAUGAGUGGCGGCGUCUUUAACGAUACCUGCAACAUGUUGAAAAGAGAGGGCGUUAAAAUCUAUUCGGGCCCAAAACUGAGUCAAAAGUUAACCUUCGGUCCUCCGGCUGCGAAGAGUCUGAAGCAUGAAUAUGGGGCGUUGGAAUGUUGCAUAGAAAUUGUAAAGGAUAUCGACGAAGCAAUAGAUCAUAUACAUACGUAUGGCAGCGGACAUACCGACGUCAUUGUCACAGAAAACGAUUCUGCCGCAGAACAGUUCCUGACAUCAGUUGACAGUGCUUGUGUUUUCCAUAACGCCAGCUCGCGUUUCGCUGAUGGGUUCAGGUUCGGAUUAGGUGCCGAGGUUGGCAUAUCAACGGCGAGAAUACACGCACGUGGACCAGUAGGCGUUGAGGGACUUCUAACGACUAAGUGGAUUUUGCGGGGACAGGAUCACACUGCAGCUGAUUUUGCAGAAGGCGGAAGCGGUGUGUGGCUGCACGAAUCUUUGCCCUUAUGAAUGCAUGCAUCGAAAUUAAGUUAUGUAUAUGCGUAAAUUUUUAUAUUUUGUACGUCUUAAAAAUGUAACUAUGUACAUUCAUAAAUAAGAUGUAAGUUUUAAGAGAUUUGUUCUAUAUAAAUAUGAAUUUAUGUGCAUUCGUACUAUAUAUGUACGUUCUGUGUGUUUUUAUACUUAUUACUCUCAAGAUAAUUUUUUUGUAAAAUUUUACUUGUCCUUCCUUACAUUGUAAAUAAAUAUACGUAUACAUAUGUAA